AUGCAGCCGGACCCGCAAGGCCCGGGCAGGGGGAAGGCGGGCGGCGCCAAUGCGCACGUGCGACUGCCGCCGCCGGUGACGGCGGGGUCGGGUGGGCGGCCGGCGUCGGUGCUGCCGCACAAGACGGACAACGUGCGCGACCACUACCGCAUCGGGAAGAAGCUGGGGCAGGGGCAGUUCGGCACCACGUACCAGUGCGUGGGCAAGGCGGACGGCGCCGAGUACGCGUGCAAGUCCAUCCCCAAGCGCAAGCUGCUGUGCCGCGAGGACUACGAGGACGUGUGGCGCGAGAUCCAGAUCAUGCACCACCUCUCCGAGCACCCCAACGUCGUCCGCAUCCGCGGCGCGUACGAGGACGCGCUCUUCGUGCACCUCGUCAUGGAGCUCUGCGCCGGCGGCGAGCUCUUCGACCGCAUCGUCGCCAAGGGCCACUACACAGAGCGUGCCGCCGCGCAGCUCAUCAGGACGAUUGUCGGGGUGGUGCAGGGGUGCCACUCGCUCGGCGUCAUGCACCGGGACCUCAAGCCCGAGAAUUUCCUCUUCGCGAGCACCGCCGAGGAUGCUCCGCUCAAGGCCACUGAUUUUGGGCUCUCCGUGUUCUACAAGCCUGGUGAUAAAUUUGCUGAUGUUGUUGGGAGCCCCUAUUAUGUUGCCCCUGAGGUGCUUCAAAAAUGUUAUGGCCCAGAAGCUGAUGUAUGGAGUGCUGGAGUAAUUUUGUACAUUUUGCUAUGUGGUGUACCCCCAUUCUGGGCAGAGAGUGAAGCAGGGAUCUUCAGGCAGAUUUUGCGAGGCAAACUUGAUUUGGAAUCUGAACCAUGGCCAAGUAUCUCUGAUAGUGCUAAAGAUCUAGUCCGUAAGAUGCUUACCCGGGAUCCUAUGAAGAGAUUGACUGCUCAUGAGGUUCUAUGUCAUCCAUGGAUUGUUGAUGAUGCUGUUGCACCUGAUAAGCCUAUUGAUUCUGCUGUUUUGUCAAGGCUGAAAAACUUUUCUGCAAUGAACAAGCUCAAGAAGAUGGCAUUGAGGGUGAUUGCUGAAAGUCUAUCUGAGGAGGAGAUUGGGGGUUUAAAGGAGUUGUUCAAAAUGAUCGAUACUGACAACAGUGGGACGAUAACUUAUGAUGAACUGAAGGAUGGUCUGAAAAGGGUGGGCUCGGAUCUGAUGGAACCUGAAAUCCAGGCUUUGAUGGAUGCAGCUGAUAUUGACAACAGUGGAACCAUUGAUUAUGGAGAGUUCUUAGCGGCUACCUUGCACAUGAAUAAACUGGAGAGGGAGGAAAGCUUGGUGUCGGCAUUUGCAUUCUUUGAUAAGGAUGGGAGUGGCUUCAUAACAAUUGAUGAGCUCUCACAAGCAUGCGAACAGUUCGGUCUUUCUGAUGUUCAUCUUGAGGAUAUGAUCAAAGAUGUGGACCAGAACAAUGAUGGGCAAAUUGAUUAUAGUGAGUUUGCUGCGAUGAUGAGAAAGGGCAAUGCUGGUGGAGCAGGAAGGCGAACCAUGAGGAACAGCUUGCAUGUGAAUCUUGGUGAACUCUUGAAGCCCACUGAGACCUAG